AAUGAAGCUAAAUUCAGAAAGUGCUAAUUUAUAUAAAUGAUAAUAUGAUAGUUAUUUCAGAUUGAACAUUUAAGGCAUGUCUUCAGAACCCAGUCUGGUGAGGUGCUAAGGAGCCAGGGAAGAAGGAAAGACUGGGGAAAAAGGAAGAGAAAUAAUGCUUCUUUCAAACCUUUUUAUUCUCAAAUAGGAGAUCCAUCUUGGGGACAAGCCAGACCUCCUAUAUGGAAAGAAUAACACUCGAGUUGGGUUGUGAAAGUGUUCAAAAUACUGUCAUACCUGCUCUGUUAAGAUCCUCCUUGUAGCAGGACUUAGGCAUCACAGUAGACCUUUCACAUAUAUCUCAUCCUGUGUGGACUCAUUUGGGAUUUUGGGAUCUUUUGGAUCAGUGGCCUCCGUGGCUUAGUUCUUCCUAUGAUUGAAUUCCUUAAUUCUCCCAUUUUUAUGAGGCUUCUGUGUUAACUCACCUUUGUGAUAUAUAAGACAGUUCAAACCACCCCAACUCCUGGCUUAGCCUGUCUGCAGGCUCGGGCAAGCAUUUCUAUAUUGGUACUUUGCCAUAAAAGAAUGGAGAUAAUAUCUUUUAAAAGGAAACCUUAGAUCUAGAUUACCUUAUUGCAAAAAUCUAGAAGAAAAAACACAGCUGUUUUUCUUAAAUUUUACAAGAUGGGUCCAUAGGCAAAAGCAGCGCACAAACCACCUAUAUUUGCCCUCUGUCAUUGCAACUUGUAGGCGUCUGUCCCCAGUGUUCUGCGUGAGGCGGGGAACUCUCCGUUCACACUGAAAUCAAAGGAAAUAAAUAACAUAAACCUACUGCAAAUAAAUAUCUUCUCUCAAAGGAGUGACUCGCUAACUUGCCAGAUAGGUCUCCUAUGGACUGCUGUGGCUAACGCAGUUUGCCUUGCUCACCUCUAAAAAUGGCAUGUUACAUUUCCCUCUUCACCUCCUUUUUGUGGUCCUUUCUCCUUUCCAAGAGAUGACUACAGUCAACGUACUGCAUACUUUGUGUGACCAAGAUUUUUGAAAGGCUACGUAGUCCUUUCUGCAGACACUGAUUCUCCAUGUAGGCUGUGCCUACAGCUCUACAGAAUUUCACAUUUCUAAGAAAAGCUUCUGAAGAACUUUGUUGACCAACCACUAAUUUAAAAAAUAUUAAGCUAUGCAAGAAAGUCAUGUUGUAUACUAAAUAUCUCUGACCUCAAAGUAGGUGCAUCUAGAUGUGCCUGAAUUUAUUGGACUGUGAAGUGACUGUGUGGUUUCAAGUUUUUAAUUUAUUUUUUUUUCCCCUUUAUCUUAUUACAGUUUAUGCUGUAUUUGCCUUUACCAGUGUAGUGAAUCUAAUAAUUGGACUGGAACAGGAUGGAAUUAUUGAUGGGUUCAUGACUCAUUACUUGAGAGAGGGUGAACCAUAUCUGAACACUGCGUAUGGCCAUGUGAUCUGCUAUUGGGAUGGCUCCGUUCAUUAUCUGAUGUAUCUGGUGAUGGUGGCAGCUAUUGCAUGGGAACAAAGCUAUAGAACCAUUGGCCUCUACUGGCUAGGUUCCAUUAUUAUGAGCAUCAUUGUCUUUAUGCCUGGAAACAUUGUGGGCAAAUAUGGAACAAAAGUGUUUCCUGCUUUUUUCUUGAGUGUACCAUAUAUUUGCCUUCCCAUAUGGGCUGGGUUCCGAAUUUAUAACCAACCUUCGGUGACUCACGACACUCCAGUCAAGGUGGUUCAGGAAGUCCAGAAGAAAGGACUCUUAAGACGACCAAUAGAUUUAAUGUUAGCUGCAUACCUCAUUCUAGCAACGGGGUUUUGCAUAUUUAGGGGCAUGAUUGCUCUGGAUUGCCCUGCUGAACUCUGCCGGCUAUAUAUUCAACUUCACGAGCCUUAUAUAAAAGACCCUGCUGCCUAUCCUAAGCUUCAGAUGCUGGCAUACAUGUUCUACUCUGUGCCAUACCAUGUGAUUGCUCUCUAUGGCCUACUGGUGCCUGGUUGUUCCUGGAUGCCCGAUUUAACCCUUAUACAUGCUGGAGGACUAGCUCAGGCUCAAUUUUCCCAUAUUGGUGCUUCUCUUCAUGCUCGAACUCCUUACAUCUACAGAGUCCCUGAAGAAGCAAAACAGUUUUUCCUGAUAUUGAACAUAAUGUAUGGGAUUCUUCCCCAGCUGUUGGCUUACAGGUGUGUCAACAAGCCAGAGUUUUUUAUGAAAACAAAACAAGAAGAAAAAACAGAAUAGCACAACUGUUUUCAGCUUCUCCUUUUGGUUAUGUAUAUAAUUGGGUUGGGGUGUCAUUGAACUGCUCAGAUAGAACCCAAAAGAAGCGUGUAAGAUGUGUAAAAUUGCACAGUUGUGUAAAGUUGCACGGUCUGUUUUGUUUAUCCUACUCAAAAAGGGAAAAUAAAGAUGACUGCCUUCAGUACCACUUCUCAACAUUUUGACUUUGCGCUGCAGUGGAGUUGCCAGUUCACAUAGCUAUUUUUAAGUAAGCUGCUUUGACAGUUUUAGAAAUACUGCAUGAAGUUAAAUAAUAAUAAUGAUGUCAGUGUUUAGCCUCCACACACUGACGAGUAUCAGUGCUAGCAAUCCCUAUACAGAGCUACUGUAGAAUGUGAAGGUCAGUAUUUUGAAGUGUGAAAAAUUAACAUACAUAACUCUGUCACAUGCACAUGUUUUAUUUGUCAAAAAGUAUGUCCUGUGGGUCAGCCUUGUUAAAAAUCCCAAGAAAUCUUUUAAGAAGCAAUCAACUCUUAUGGUAAGACUCCAUAUAUGAUAAGCAAAUCAUGUAGUUUUGUUAAUUCUUUUAAGGAUUCACUUCUGCAGGGACUGCUCAUCAGCUUGAAGAUAGGCACGUGCCUACCAGCACUUCUGAGGUGGGCACGGAGGGCUCAUCACCUUGGGAGGCAGGCCUUACACCGUAGCGUCCGUUUUCAGAGAGGAGAGGUUUGUGGCCCUGGUUUUGCUAAUGCUGUUAGGUCAGAAACAAGGAGCAGCAAAUACAGCCACCUUGGUUUGCGCGGCUGAUGUUUCUGUCUGCAGUGACAACUAUUUCUAUGCCUUUUAGGUGUAUUUAUACUAAAAGCAGUACACUCGGUGCAUUUCUCACAGAUGAAAUACAUUUUAACUGGAAACACUUUAAUUUGGGAUGGUGACUUUUGGGUGUUUUGACUUAAGAGAAUUUUAGUUUUCUUUUUAAACCUAAUUGGGAACAAGAAAGCAACAGCUCCUGCUGAUGCCUAAGGGGACUUUCAGAGCAGCAAGAACUUCAGGCUCUAACGCUCUCCCCCGAGCACUGAGGUGCAGUUCUGAAGAGAGAGCCCUCGGUUUUAUACCUCCAGCCAAAGGGGCAGGUCCAAACUAACCACAACGCAUCUCAGUCGAUGCUCCUUGGCAAAAAAGGAACUUGGCAGUAAUUCCCUGCAGCUCCCAGCCUCCCUGGUGUGGGCUCCUUCCACGCAGGCUAGAACUGGGGACAGCUCCAUCCCAGCACCUCCUCCCGAGAACACCAGCCCCGAGCUGCGGGGCUGCGGCAGGACAUGCUGGCUCACAAACAGGUAUUUGAGCCUCCGAUGUUACUUCUAAUGUUUUUUUAAAGAAACUUUGAAUACAUUCAAGGUGAAUUUAAUAACCUCCUGUUAUCCAGAAAAGGCAAAGUACAGAAAAAAUAAAGAUCUCACCUGCACUUGUAUCUAUUAUGGUCAACUCAUGUUAACAGAAUGUUUUGCUUUAAUACUUGACUUACUUACAUUAAUACCUCACAUUAUUACACGUAUGAAGCCAAAUAUGACGCUAACUUAGUUGCUUACAACCUCAAACCUUACUCCCAAUACACAUUCCAAUAAAUUUAUUCUGUAAAAACAAUACAUUUUUUUGUUUUCUUUUUGUUUUGUUUUUUGUUUUUUUGUUGUGGUUUUUCUUAGUUUUUUACAGUAAACUCAUCAACUACAAACCUUGAAUACGCAAAAGAUGUUCCAAGGACAAGCAUAACAAGGAUUGAUAAAACCAGACUAAAUAUGUUUUCACAAUAAGAGCUGGCAUAAAAAUAAAUAAAAAUCUCUAUUAUCACAAUAGCAACAAUAAUGUACACAGAAUAAUGGAUUUGGAAUGCUUACUUACUAGUCUAGUUCUAUU